AUGACCUCCACACUCGAAGAAGCGUUGUCGCAUACGGGCGGCAAUGGGAAAGCCGAGGAGGGUGUCUCACUCAAGAGUUUCUUGGCCUCGCUGGCGACGGCCAUGAUUGUCUUUGCCGUCGAGUUUCUACUAUUCAUGCUACUCAAGGGCAAACUAACGCGCAUCUAUCAACCACGAACCUAUCUAGUCCCUGACCGAGAACGCACAGAACCAUCACCACCGGGCCUCUUUCGGUGGAUUGGCCCUGUGUUUCGAACCUCCAGCUCAGAAUUCAUUCAAAAAUGUGGCCUUGAUGCCUAUUUCUUUCUCCGCUACCUGCGCAUGCUCCUCAAGAUCUUUAUUCCCAUGGGUCUUCUGAUCCUGCCAGUACUAUUGCCCAUCAAUCGCGUGGGAGGAAAAGGUACCACAUUCCAGAAUGGCACUGAUUCUGGCCCACGGUGGAAUGUCAGUGGCUUGGAUCAACUGUCCUGGGGUAACGUGAAACCCGAGCAUAGCAGUCGCUACUGGGCGCACUGUGUGCUGGCGGUGAUCAUGGUCUUCUAUGUCUGCGCUAUUUUCUUCGAUGAGCUACGAGGCUAUAUUCGUAUGCGUCAAGCUUACAUGACAUCCCCACAACACCGGCUACGCGCCUCUGCGACAACCGUGCUCGUCACAGCCAUUCCCCACAGUUGGUUGAACGUCGAGUCCCUGGACAACCUGUUCGAUGUCUUUCCUGGUGGUAUUCGGAACAUUUGGAUCAACCGCAAUUUUGACGACUUAAACGAAAAGGUCAAGGAGCGAAAUGAACUUGCUCUCAAGCUUGAGGCAGCCGAGACGGAUUUGAUCGUUAAAUGCAAAAAAGCCGCAUGGAAGAAAGCCAAGGCAGAGGCGAAAAAGGCCGGGAAAAGUGAGAAGGAGAUCAAGAAUGAAGAAAAAGCUGCAACCGACCAACGAGCUUCUCAGAUGGCUAUGGGUCCUGGAAUCAGCUCCGGUGACCCUCAUCAGGCCCACACAUUGCACGAAGUUUUACAUCGAAGCUCCGACACGCAUAAGCGUGGUGCAUCAGAUGGGUCACGCACCGGUGGAGCUAUUGAUCCAGCGCUUAUGGCAGCUGGUCUGGUUGGACACGGUGUGGGGAAAUUGGGCAAAACGGUAAAAGGUGGUCUCAAGAAGAUGGAGGUUGGCUUUGACAACACAUUGGCCCGUAAUGGUGGCUUUGUGGAGGCGACCGAUAACGAUCUACCUCCCCGUGGGAAUACACCUCCUACGUUUGAUCCAAAUUCACCAUCCAAUGACUUACCUAUGGGAUCGGUCAAUUCAACCACCAAGCCACAAACACCCGAAGAAGGCCAGAGUGGUACCAUGUGCCACGAGGCAAGACCUACCUCCCAGAAACGACCAUCUUGGAAGGAUCGCAUGUCAUCUCACUUGUCUACCCAAUCCAAGAGAUCCAAUCCGGAGCCUGACGAAUAUCCUUUGACUGGCCCCGAUUCUCCCACGACUGAUACACCGCGUCAUGGAAAAACCAAGUCCAAGGCACGCAAGGAACUUGGCGAUCGGCGCAAAAGUCACAAAGAGGGAGACGAGAUUGAAGGGGAGGAAUACCCUAUUGCCUACAAUGAGGACUUCGAUAACGAAGACUAUGGAGAGCCGCUUUGGAAGCAGUAUGUUCGUCACAAGGACAGAGAGACCCACCGCCUACCCAUCUUCGGCUGGAAAUGGAUGCCUUCAUUGUGGCUGGUCGGCAAGAAAGUCGAUACCAUUGAUUACUGCCGGAAGGAACUUGCGCGAUUGAACCUGGAAAUCGAGGUUGAUCAGCAACAUCCGGAACGAUUCCCGCUGAUGAAUUCCGCUUUUAUUCAAUUUAACCAUCAGGUUGCCGCGCAUAUGGCUUGUCAAUCCGUCGCACACCAUGUACCAAAGCAGAUGGCACCGCGAAUCGUGGAAAUUUCUCCAGACGAUGUCAUCUGGGACAAUAUGUCUAUGAAAUGGUGGGAACGCUAUCUGCGUACCUUUGGCAUCGUCACCUUGGUCAUCGGCAUGGUCAUUGGAUGGGCCUUUCCCGUUGCAUUCACUGGACUCUUGUCACAGCUGUCAUACCUCGAGGGAGCUUUCACAUGGCUCGCUUGGCUCAAUAAGCUGCCUGCGUGGUUCAUCUCUGCUAUCCAAGGUAUUUUGCCUGCACUUUGCUUGGCCAUUCUUAUGGCACUUUUGCCCCUGAUUCUCCGCUUUCUGAGCAAGACUCAAGGCCUGCACACCGGAAUGGCUAUUGAGUUGGCCGUCCAGAACUACUACUUUGCUUUCCUGUUUGUGCAGCUGUUCCUGGUUGUCACCAUCGCCUCCAGUUUCUCAACCAUCAUUGAGAAUGUCACGAAUGUGUCCAGCUGGCCCGAACUGCUCGCUACAAAUAUACCCAGGUCAAGUAACUAUUUCUUCUCCUACAUGAUUCUGCAAGCCAUGUCUGUGAGUGCGGGUGCCUUGGUACAGAUCUUCGGCCUUAUCAGCUGGUUCAUUCUCGCCCCCAUCAUGGACUCUACCGCGAGGAAGAAGUGGGCGCGGACGACAAAUUUGAACCAAAUGCAAUGGGGUACCUUUUUCCCUGUCUACACCACCUUGGCUUCAAUCGGUCUGAUCUACUGUGUUGUUGCACCACUCAUUAUGGUGUUUAAUAUAAUCACGUUCAGCCUUUUCUGGUUUGUCUAUCGCUACAACACUCUAUACGUGACCAAAUUCCGAUUUGACACCGGCGGCCUCCUCUUUCCGCGGGCUGUCAACCAGCUGUUCACUGGACUGUAUUUCAUGGAGGUGUGCCUGAUCGGCUUGUUCUUCCUAGUACGGGACACACAGGGAUCAGUCGCAUGCAAAGGCCAGGCUAUACUCAUGAUCAUCGUUCUUAUCAUGACGAUUGGCUUCCAAAUCCUUCUCAAUGAAGCAUUUGGUCCCCUUUUGCGUUACCUGCCAAUCACUCUGGAAGAUGACGCUGUUCGCCGCGAUGAGGAAUUCCAUCGUGCUCAACUAGCCCGGCUCGGCCUUGGCAACGACGGUGAGGACGAGGAGGAGGAUGAUCGUCUCGAGCACAGUCUCGCUGAUCGGGAGCGGAAGGAACAUCACCGGGACCGAGACGCUCACGACAUUGAACUCAAGGCCCUGGAGGCAGAUCGUGAGGGACGAAAGCGUCACGACUCGGGUCUUUUAUCCACACCCAAACUUGGCACCAAGCGACCAUCUUGGGCCGAUCGCUCACCUGAUAGGCGGUCGAAGUUCUUCGAAGCGAAUUCCGCGGGCCCAAGUCCGACUAUCAAAGCCCUCCGAGAGAAGAUGGCUCACGACACCGAAGCUCAAGGGCUAGCCACUAACAACGUGGGUCAUGCUCUCUUCGCGGGUAUUCACGACGAACUGGAAGAUCUCACACCUGAAGAGCGUGAUCAACUGGUGCAACGAGCCUUCCAACAUGAAGCUCUCCGCGCCAAGCGGCCCGUGAUUUGGAUCCCACGAGACGACAUUGGCAUUAGUGAUGACGAGGUCUACCGCACACAACGGUUCAGCAAGCACAUUUGGAUCAGUAACGAGUACCAGGCAUUGGACGGCAAGUGCCGAACGAUCUUUAGCCGCAGUCCACCAGAUUUCUCGGAGGUGGACCUGAUCCAACUUUAG